AUGCUUCAUCCCUUCGAAUCAAAAAUUGAUGAAUGGAAUCAUGAUGAAGAGAAAUGUGAUGGUGUGAAAGAUACAUCACACCCUUACAUCACCCUACUCAUUUCGAGAUUUCCUAGUUUUCUAAUCCAUGCACAUGGAGAGUAUGUGGGACUUUCUCCGGGUAAAAAGGGAAAUCUAGAGGCUGGUUACUCAACGAUAGGAGCUGGAAGGAUAGUUGAGCAAAGUCUAACCAGAAUCAACAAGGCUAUAUCUGAGGGUAAAAUGGGGGAAUACCUAGAUAGAGUUAAAUUUGCAGAAAUUGAGAAUAAGCUAUCCAAAGUAUUGUCUGAAAAUGGGUAUUUGCAAUCUCAGAUCACUGAUUGGGAAAAACACGAAGACAUCUCCCAUCUUUUUACUAGUGGGUUGGAAGCAUCAAUGAGGGAAAGAAUAUCUUUCUCAAAAAUGGCCAGAGAAUAUGUUCAUGAUCCAAAGCUAAAAACGAAUAUUUUGAGGAGUGUGCAGCAAUGCAUCAGAGAGGUUGAAAAGAACACACCAUUCAUUGUUUGUAAUUUUCCUCCAUUAAAUGUGGCUAGUCGUGUUGGAGGAUGUAAAGUGGACGCGUGUAAGGUUACCGAAAUGGUGGAUGAGUCCAUCGGUGCACUACACAAGAUAUGUGAAGAUAAGGGUUAUACGUUGAUCAUUACGGCGAGCUAUGGAAAUGUUGAGUGCAUGAGAGAUGAAAAUGGCAAUCUCCCCAGGAAACAGCCAACCUACAAAGUGCCGUUAAUAAUUUGUGACUCUGAAGUAGAACAUGAAAAACCCCAAAAAACAUACACUAACACAAAUUACUCGCUCAAAGAUGUUGCACCCACCAUUCUUUACAUCAUGGGAAUAGAAAUCCCCCCAGAAAUGACUGGCCAGUCAAUACUUAAGGAAUAA